UUAGAGUCAAUAAUUGAAAUAGAUUAUUAGAUUAUUCACUUGAAUAGUGUCGUACGAUUAUCAGACCGAUUUGAACCUCACUCGGCAGUAUUAUAAAAAAUAAGAUUAGUCUUCAGUAUUUACCUCCUUAUCAAGUGAUAUGAUAACAUUAUUUAUAAUUAUUUAAAUUAUUAUCAGUUUUCAACUUUACUUGCGUUCUAAAAUGAUAAGAGAGCAACGAAAAUAUUAUAGUAUUGUCCGGUGUCCGAACUCGACACAUUUGUCCGAAGUUUUCCAAUUAUACGGUUGUAAACGUUUCGUAUUCCGACGGACAGCCAUCACCCGACGAGGAUUACAUUAGCAAUAAUCCAACAGCAAUUGAUACAAGGCACAUAGUCCAAUUUCCGACGGACGGCUGUCGUGCUGUGACGUUCGCUAAAAAACAACGUGUCGACGACGACGGCGAAGACUCACGACCAGGUACUAUUUUCCAUCAUAUUUCUUCGUUGUCGGUUUUGGCGACAUUCUCCACACGCCCAUAGUAGGAGGAAAGGCAUCUACUACGAGUGACACAGUGAGUGAGUCGCAGGUUGUCGUCAUCAGCGGAAUACCAGACAAACUCUCCGGUAUUGAUAAAUAAAAUUAUUUGAUGCAUUAUAAUCGUUAAAAAGAAAUUAUGGAUUCUAUAGAUAACAUGAAAGUUGUACCAUCUAGUCCAAUACAAAAUACAAAUCUAUUUAGUCGAUUUAGUAGUGGGAGUUCCCUACAUCCUAGACAUCAUAGUAGUAGCAGUAGUCAUGAUGAUGACAGUGAAGACAAAGGUUCACCAAAUAAUUACACAGAAAAGCGACGAGAAGCUCAUAUCCAAUCUGAACAAAAACGUCGUGAAGCCAUAAAACAAGGCUAUAAUUGUUUAUAUGAUUUAGUUUCAACUUAUCAACAAACAGAUAUCAGUGGUUACAAACUAAGCAAAGCAACAGUGUUACAAAAAUCCAUAGAUUAUAUACAAUAUUCACUGUGGCAAAAGAAAACAUUAGAAAAAGAACGAAAUGCUUUACAAAAAGAAGUUGUUGCAUUACGAAUAAUGCAAACUAAUUAUGAACAAAUGGUAAAUGCUCAACAAAUUCCAAUGGGUCACGUUGAAGCUAGAAUUUCUGACGAAGAAAAAUUUCAAAUGUUUCAGAAUAUUAUCGAUGGAUUGUUUUUUACAUUUUGUAAUAUUAAUGUAAACAAUUUUACUGAACUGUCUGCUUGCGUGUUCAGUUGGCUUGAAGAACACUGUAAACCUCAGGCAUUACAAAAUUUAAUAGAAACUGUUCAUGAAAAGAAACCUAAAAGUCAUACAACUACCUCGUCCGACAAAACUUCACCAUAAGGCAUAAAGUAUAUUUCAUUUCAUUUGUUUUAUUUUUUUACCAAGUACCAGAUUAUUAUUGUAAAAUGUUUAAUUAUGUUAAAAUAAAAUAUUUUCAUAAAUAUAAAUAUUAUAUUUGA